AUGACCGCGACGCAUAGAACCACUAUUCAUAUCCUUGGAUUGGGUGCCAUGGGUACCGUUUUGGCAGUAGAUCUUUUGAGAUUUACGAAUGCCCUYGUCGUGCCUCUAUUCAGAUCACAAGAAAGACUUGCACAAUUUCAAGAGGCAAACGGGAACAAAACUUCUAUUCGUAAAAUCUAUCUAGAGGGCGCGCCACUGUUGUCAUACCCAAUUGAGAGAAGCGAAUGCCCUGAAAGUUUUUCCAAGAAACCUAUUGACAAUUUGGUUGUUACUACAAAAACUUAUCAAACUAAGGAAGCCCUGGCUCCUUAUUUGCCGUACAUAAAUGAAAACACAAACUUGAUCCUCAUCCAAAACGGACUGGGUAUUUUAGAGUUAUUGAGGGAAGAAAUCUUUAUAGAUUCAAAAAACAGACCUAAUUUAUUUCAAGGUGUCAUCUCCCAUGGUGUUUAUCAGGAUAAUGCUGGUGUCUUUAAUCACGCUGGGUGGGCCGGUAUGAAGAUUGCUAGAUUGCCUUGGACUGAUGAAGAUAUGAUUCAGAAAAAAAUAAUUGUUAAACAGGAUUUGGCCAAUAACUCGUUGGUGAAAUUGUUAAUGGAACCAAAAUUUGCCAAGGAGUUUGGUAUGGAACACUCUACCUACCAAGAAAUGCUAUCUGGCCAAUUAUUUAAGUUUUUAGUCAAUGCGUGCAUAAAUCCAGUUACCGCAACGCUCGAUUGUAUCAAUGGUGAAAUAAAGGACUCCUGUGGCCCAAUUUUCAGAUCCAUCAUUGAUGAAUGUCUGCAAAUAUUAAGACUGGCUUACAAGCCGCUGUUUGAGUACCGCGAGAAAUUUGGUGGAAAUGAUGAAUACCCAGAUAUGAACGUCAAUGAAGUUUUAACUACCGACAAUAUGGUUUCCGAAGUCACCAGGAUUGGUUGUGAUAUCAAUGCCAAAAACAGUAGUUCUAUGAGACAAGAUUCUCUGUUCUUAAGAGACAUCGAGAUUGAGUUUAUUAAUGGUUACGUUGUUAGAUUGGCAUCGAAAUUGAACUUAGAUCCAAACUCUUCUAAAGUCAACAAGACCAUUCAAGAAAUGGCUAGUUUGAGACUGGCAUUGAACAGGUCCAGAAAGAUCAACGGAGACUGGAGAAGCGAAUGA